GCGUAGGUUUCUGCAACACAGAUGACACAAAGUUUAGUUGUCAAGAAAAAGAAAUUCGCAUACGUCAUGAAAAGUUUGUGAAAAAUUAAGAAUUUAUAGAAAAAUAUGAAAAUUUUCACCAAAAAUUUUACAUUAAAAGAAACUUUAAUUUGUAAACUGUAAGUGCGGGUAGAAAAAUUAAACGAAAAUUGAAUUUGAAACGCUAAAAAUCGCUUAAGAACAUUUCGUUUUGCGUGAGGUGACUACGGUGUAAAGAAAAAUAGUGAAGAAGCAGUGAAGUAAAAAGCAACAACGUACGAAGGGCGAUCAUAAAAACAAACGAGAAAAACAAAAGAUUUUCUUUUUAUUGCUUUUCUCCUCACCAACAAACACCAGCAGCUGUUAAAAAAGACAGAAAUUGCGAAAUUUUUGUGAAAAUUUUAUUUGCUGAACAGAAAAGUAAAAUUUGCUUGAAAAACGCUCACCGAAACAUUAAGUUUAGUUUAAUUUUGCUUUGCUAAAUAGAAAUUUGUAACAAAAUAUUUGGGCGACGAGCAAAGCACAUGAUGUGGUCGUUCUUCUCGCGCGACUCUUCCAAGGAUUUUCCUUAUGAUAUUGGCGAACCAGUGGCGGGUUUUGAGGCACAUUCCAUAUGGACACUACAUAAGGCUAAACGUAAGGGGACGCUGGAAGAAGUAUCGGUGUUUGUAUUCGAUUUGCGUAGUGGUUCUGAUGCCAAAUGCGACUUGGCGAAGGCGUCGUUGAAGAGAUUGAAGACUCUUAGACAUCCUAGUAUAUUACAAUUUUUAGAUUCAUUAGAAACUGAUAAAAUGCUGUAUGUUGCCACCGAGUUGGUUGAGCCCUUGGGAACACACAUACAAAAACUAUCCACAGAGGGUCCGCAAAAGGACUUGUAUUUGGCCUGGGGUAUAUUUCAAAUAACGAGAGCCUUGUCGUUUCUUAAUAAUGAUGGCAGCCUGCGACACAAUAAUGUUUCUGUUUGGUCAGUGUUUGUUAAUUCCUCAGGAGAAUGGAAAUUGGGUAGCCUAGAAUAUGUCUCGCCAGCCGAUGGUAAUCCCUUGCCACCUAUUAAAGUGCCACCUUCUUUGGAGGUUUAUGAUCCACCAGAGAAAAAUGAUCAAUCUAAAUUAAAGGCAGCCACUAAAUGCUCUGCUGAUAUGUGGGGUCUGGGCUGUUUGGUAUGGGAAUCCUUCAAUGGUCCUUUACGUUCUCGUGGCAGUCUUAAAGAUAUCGAUAACAUACCUAAAUCUCUGCAGUCUUUAUACUGUGAAUUAGUGGGCGCUUCACCCUCUAAUCGUCCCAAUCCUGCUGAUAUUAUAACUAGAUGCCGAAAACCCGGUGGUUUUUUCAAAAAUGAUUUAGUGGACACGUUAUUGUUUUUGGAAGAAAUACAAAUAAAAGAUAAGGCGGAAAAGAAUCGUUUCUUUUCGGGUCUUACUUUGCAUUUGGACAAUUUCCCUGAUAAUGUGUGCAAACACAAAAUUUUACCCCAACUGAUAACAGCGUAUGAAUAUGGUGAUGCUGGUUCAGCUGUAUUAGCGCCUAUGUUUAAGUUGGGAAAACUUUUAGAUGAAGCCGAAUAUCAAAAACGUAUUGUACCCUGUGUCGUUAAAUUAUUUGCCUCUACAGAUCGUGUAACACGGUCGCGUCUUUUGCAACAAUUAGAAUUAUUUAUUGCCCAUUUACAGCCACCAGUGGUGAAUGAACAAAUAUUCCCACAAGUAGCGCAUGGAUUUUUAGAUACGAAUGCCACCAUUAGAGAGCAAACAGUAAAAUCAAUUAUACAUUUGGCUCCAAAAUUAAAUUAUAAUAAUUUAAAUGUUGAAGUAUUACGCCAUUUUGCCCGACUACAAGCACGUGAUGACCAGGGUGGCAUUAGAACGAAUACCACAGUGUGUUUGGGUAAAAUAGCACCACAUUUGCAUCCGCAGGUACGACAACGUGUUUUGGUAUCGGCUUUUAUAAGAGCCAUGCGAGAUCCUUUUCCACCAGCUCGUGUGGCGGGUGUUUUGGCCUUAGCAGCUACCCAACAAUACUUCUUAUUAAAUGAAGUAGCAAAUCGUGUCUUACCUGCAUUGUGUUCGCUUACUAUAGAUCCUGAAAAGUCUGUACGCGAUCCAGCCUUUAAAACUAUACGUGGUUUUCUAGGUAAACUGGAAAAAGUUUCUGAAGAUCCUAGCCUAAGAGAAACUAUGGAAGCAGAUGUUCAUACCGCCACUCCCUCGAUUGGCAAUGCAGCUGCCACUUGGGCGGGAUGGGCUGUAACAGCCGUCACCUCGAAAUUCUAUCGUAGUCAAAGUGAUUCCUCCCGACCCCGACCUCCAUUAACCGGACGUAAUUUAUCAAAACCGGCUUCAUUAGAACAACCUUCUAGCAGUAGUUUAUCAACGACCACCUCAUCAGUAACGUCCAUGACUUCAUUGGAACAUGAAAGUAAUGAUACAUCAGCCUCUGCUUCCGAUUAUGGCAAUAAUGAUUGGGACAAUGAAAAUUGGGGUGAAAUGGAUACAUCACAGGAUCCCAGUUCACCUAUGGCUGGUUCACCUAAUAAUGGCCCUCUAAAUGCCUCUGCCACUUUAGCUGAAGUAAGAGAUGGUUGGGAUAAUGAGGAGUGGGGUAGUCUGGAAGAAGAUCCGGGCGAGGAAGAAGCUCAAGAGCAGGAACAACAACAACUACAACAAUUACGACAAUCACCUUUAAGACCGCAUCAGCAACAAUUACAACAACACCAAUUAAAUGAACUUAUCGAACCCUUGGCCAAGCUCAACUCACAUAAUACAUCACCCUCAAAACAACCACUGUCACAAUUAUCAACCUCAACGACGGCGGCCACUUUAUCAACAAAUUUAAGACCAAAUGAUUUAUCAACAAAUUUAUCUUCGCUCAGCAAUACUAUCAAUACAACAACAACAACACCAUCACCAUUCCUAAAUUGCAACAAUGUUAGUCCUCCACAAAUGAAAUCACCGCAACAUAUUAAUAAUUCAACGAAUAAUGCUAAUUGGAAUAGUGAUUCAUGGGCUGAUGGUGAAUUUGAACCCAUAGAUGAACCAAUGACUGGUAAUUCGAAACUAGAUGAAGCACGACGAAAACGCGAAGAAAAGAAAUUACAACGUCAAAGGGAAUUAGAAGCACGACGUGCUCAACGUAAUAGUGGUCCAAUGAAAUUGGGCGCAAAAAAGCUUUAAAAACUAGCAUUUAACUGUCAUUUUAAAAUGACAUUUAAAAUGUUCAGUUUUACUUUUGUAACUAAACUAUAAAUAAUCAUAAAUAAAAAAAAUUUAAACAAAAACAUGAAUAAAUAUAUUAGAUAUAUAAUUUUAUUCGUCUAUACAUACAUAUAUUUUUUUCUACAUUAAUAUUUUUAGCUUAAUUUUGCAAUAUUUAAUAUAAAACAACAACAAAAUUAUUAAAAAAAAAACAUCAAACAACAAAGAAGAAAUAAAUUGCAUGCCAGUUUAAUAUUUAAUAAAACAAAAAAAAAA